UGUGUGUGUGUGUGUUUAUAUAUAUAUGUGUACAAAGUAGAGUCUGUUCCAACAGAUCUCCAGGCAUUUGAGAAACCACCAAAACUGAGUUUCCACAGUGACUGAGAGUUCUCCAGCCAUGUCUCUGGUGCAAGGCAAAUGGAUCAAGCUUGAUCAAAAGGGGACUGGUCCUGGAGCAAGAAGCUCACAUGCCAUUACCCUAGUAGGACAGAAGGCCUAUGUUUUUGGAGGCGAAUUCACGCCACGUGUCCCCGUCGACAACAAGCUCCACGUGUUUGACCUCAAGGAGUUGACGUGGUCCGUGAUCGAAGGAACCGGGGAUGUCCCACCGCCACGUGUUGGUGUGACAUUGGUAGCUGUUGGAGAAAUUAUUUAUGUAUUUGGAGGUAGGGAUUAUGAACACAAGGAACUCAAUGAGCUCUAUUCAUUUGACACAUCCACAAACAAGUGGACUCUAAUUUCAAGUGGGGACACCGGGCCCCCUCACCGGAGUUACCACUCAGUCACCUCCAAUGACCACCAUGUAUACAUAUUCGGUGGAUGUGGUGUCGCCGGCCGUCUCAAUGAUCUUUGGGCCUACAAUGUCGUUGAUCAAAAGUGGAUACAAUACCCAAAUCCGGGUGACAGUUUGAAGGGGAGGGGUGGGCCGGGCCUGCUAGAGGUCCAAGGGAAAAUAUGGGUUGUGUAUGGCUUUGCUGGAGAGGAAGUGGAUGAUGUACACAUCUUUGAUCCAGCCCAGGGUAAGUGGGCCCAAGUUGAGACAAGCGGCGAGAAACCAACAGCUCGGAGUGUAUUUUCUACAGUAGCAAUUGGUAAAUAUAUAAUCAUAUACGGCGGUGAAGUGGACCCAAGUGACUUGGGCCACUUGGGUGCUGGGAAAUUUGCUGCUGAGGUUUAUGCAUUGGACACUGAAACAUUGCUGUGGAAGAGGUGGGAUGAUGGCCUGGGCUCGGACCAUCAUCCCGGGCCUCGCGGUUGGUGUGCGUUCGCCCGUGGGGAGUGGGAGGGGAAAGAAGGCCUUUUGGUGUAUGGUGGGAAUUCACCAACUAAUGAUCGACUUGGUGAUAUUCAUUUCUUCACUCCUUAUUUGGAAAAUGGUAAAUGAUUGGGGAAUAGACAUGGGAUGUAUAUAUGAGUAAUGAUGUUGAUGUCAUGUAAAAAAUGGAGUUUGGGUAUCUAUGUUUGUUUGUAAUAAGACACAGACAUGACUCUGUGUCAGUGGGAAUUAGGUUGUAUUUCGUUUUUCUUCUUUUCUUUGGUAAUGUAAUUUUUGUUUUUGGCU